AUACAGACUCGCUAGUCUUGUCCCUCAAAAUCAUUUUGAAAUCCAAAAUUCGUAAAUAGAUCGUGCACAUUGCUCAGUUGUAUUUGUGUUCGAUAAACGUUACUAGAUAAUUACUUAUCUGUCACUAAACGAAAGCCUUAAGUGUUCAAAAUGCCAAGAGGAAAAUGGACUAAUCACAAGGGAAGGAGUCGCAGGUUUACAAACCCCGAAGAAUUAGAAGAACAGAGAAAACGUGAAGAACAGGAAAGAAGGUGGAAGAAAAAUAACAGAGGUGAUGAUGAAUCAUCAAGUGAAGAAGAAAAACCCGUGACCAAAGGAGACAAAAGCAAUAGUGAGGAUGAAUCGGAGAGUGAAAGCGAAUCUGAAGAAGAAUCCGACGAUAAUAAAAAAGGUGUUGCUGGCCUGAUACAAAUUGAAAAUCCAAAUAGGAGACAGUUAAAAGCAAAGAAAUUAGCUACGCUUAACGAAACCUUAGAUACAGCAGAACCAGCUCAGUUAUCUAGGCGUGAAAGAGAAGAAGUUGAAAGACAACGGAAAAAACUGCAUUAUCAAAAGCUGCAAGCUGAAGGUAAGACAGAUGAAGCAAGAGCAGAUUUAGCUAGAUUAGCAAUCAUUAAACAACAACGUGCAGAAGCUGCAAAAAAGAGAGAGGAUGAGAAAAAAGAAAAAGAGAUGGCCAAGAUUCAAAAAUCAGCCGAGAUGCAAAAAGCACUCGGAAAAUAGAAAAAUUUAAAUUAUGGACUGAUAUGUAAUGUAAGAAUUAAAUUACAAUUAUGUUCAAUUAUUAUGUUAGGCAGCCAUUUUCAAUAUGCUACUAUAAUAUAUGCUUUAAUUUAUAGUAGUUAUUAUAAUUAUCAUGAUUUACAGACAUUCAUCUAAAUUAAACACCUAUCAAAUAUUGUUUA